UCCUAUAAAAACCCUCCUCUCCAUCUUCGUUUUCAUAACCUAAUCUUCUCCCAAUUCUCUUCUCCCAUUCCUUCAGCUUUUGUCAAGAUGCAGAUCUUUGUGAAAACCCUCACCGGUAAGACCAUCACCCUUGAGGUGGAGAGCUCCGACACAAUCGACAACGUUAAGGCCAAGAUCCAGGACAAGGAAGGCAUUCCCCCGGAUCAGCAGAGGCUUAUCUUUGCCGGCAAGCAGCUCGAGGACGGCCGCACCCUUGCUGAUUACAACAUCCAAAAGGAGUCCACCCUUCACUUGGUCCUCCGUCUCCGUGGCGGUAUGCAGAUCUUUGUCAAGACCCUCACGGGAAAGACCAUCACCCUCGAGGUCGAGAGCUCUGAUACCAUCGACAAUGUUAAGGCCAAGAUCCAGGACAAGGAGGGCAUUCCCCCGGACCAGCAGAGGUUGAUCUUUGCCGGCAAGCAGCUUGAAGAUGGCCGCACCCUUGCCGACUACAACAUUCAGAAGGAGUCCACCCUCCACUUGGUCCUGCGUCUCCGUGGUGGUAUGCAGAUCUUUGUUAAGACCCUGACGGGCAAGACCAUCACCCUUGAGGUCGAGAGCUCUGACACCAUUGAUAACGUUAAGGCCAAGAUCCAGGACAAGGAGGGUAUUCCCCCGGACCAGCAAAGGCUCAUCUUUGCUGGCAAGCAGCUUGAGGACGGCCGGACCCUUGCGGACUACAACAUCCAGAAGGAGUCCACCCUCCAUUUGGUCCUUAGGCUCCGUGGUGGUAUGCAGAUCUUUGUCAAGACCCUUACCGGAAAAACUAUCACUUUGGAGGUUGAGAGCUCAGACACCAUUGACAAUGUCAAGGCUAAGAUCCAGGACAAGGAAGGCAUUCCCCCAGACCAGCAGAGGCUUAUUUUCGCAGGCAAGCAGCUUGAGGAUGGGCGCACCCUUGCGGACUACAACAUUCAAAAGGAGUCCACCCUUCACUUGGUCCUCCGUCUCCGUGGUGGUAUGCAGAUCUUUGUCAAGACCUUGACAGGAAAGACCAUCACCCUCGAGGUGGAGAGCUCGGACACCAUUGACAAUGUCAAGGCCAAGAUCCAGGACAAGGAAGGUAUUCCCCCGGACCAGCAGAGGCUUAUUUUUGCUGGCAAGCAGCUUGAGGAUGGCCGCACCCUUGCGGACUAUAACAUCCAGAAGGAGUCAACCUUGCACUUGGUCCUCAGGCUACGUGGUGGUAUGCAAAUAUUCGUCAAGACCCUUACUGGGAAGACCAUUACUUUGGAGGUGGAGAGCUCGGACACCAUUGACAACGUCAAGGCUAAGAUCCAGGACAAGGAGGGCAUUCCCCCGGACCAGCAGAGGUUGAUCUUUGCCGGGAAGCAACUUGAGGACGGUCGUACCUUGGCUGAUUACAACAUUCAGAAGGAGUCAACCCUGCACUUGGUGCUGAGGCUGAGAGGAGGAAUGCAGAUUUUCGUGAAGACCCUGACUGGGAAGACCAUCACCUUGGAGGUGGAGAGCUCUGACACAAUUGACAAUGUGAAGGCCAAGAUUCAGGAUAAGGAGGGCAUCCCACCGGACCAGCAGAGGUUGAUCUUUGCUGGAAAGCAGUUGGAGGAUGGAAGGACCCUGGCUGAUUACAACAUACAGAAGGAGUCUACCCUUCACCUUGUCCUCCGUCUCCGUGGUGGCUUCUAAAUGUUGUCAAAUUUGCUAUCUGGUGGUUUGGUUGGUGUGGUCGAUUAUUUAGUCUGUUGGUGCCUUGUCUACUUUUAUCUGCCGUUGUGAACUGAUGUUGAUGUUCCUUUAAUACUCUCUUUUCACCUGUUGAACAAUGAAGUGGAGUUUCCCCCAUUUUACUUGAAUAAAUUUGUGUUUCAGAA